AAAGCUGUUUCCAGUUUAUAGAUUCGAGUAGAUCGCAUCUCUCCAACUGGCACAUCAGUCUGUUAUUCGCGUAUGUGUUGUAGAACCAUCCGGUGCAGUUGUUUGGACAAGUUACAGUCCUCACUGGCAGGAGUAUGGCGCCUAAGGACGGUGUGUGGGGAUGGUUUGUAGUGGUAAGCGCCUUCAUGGCUCUCUACAUUCGGAUGUCGACCACGAAGGUCUUUGCUGUACUCCUCCCAAGCAUUCGUGACGAUAUGCAGCUCGACACAUGGGUCGUCGGCUCACUCAUAAGCGUCAUGUUGACCCUCUCCGACUUUACAGGUCUCCCUGCGGCCUGGCUGUGCAUAAGGAGCAGUCAUCGUUUGGUUGUCAUGACUGGUGGCUUGAUGGUAUGUGUCGGUAUCAUCUCUUGCUCUUUGGCGAUUGGGACGGUCCACCUUCUCCUGUCAGUCAUCGUAACGGGCAUCGGCAUGGGUCUGGUUGAAAAUCCCCCCCUUGCUAUGAUCGGCAGCUACUUCCAAGCUCAUUAUGCCACUGCAACCAGCUUGGCAUUGUCAUCUUUUCCCCUGGCUGUGGUAUCAUCUCCCCCUAUGGCUCAGCUGCUUCUAGAUACCUACGGAUGGAGAGGAACUCUUCUGGUAUGGGGUGGAACUACCCUUCACAUUGUGGCUUGUGGGGCAGUACUUCGGCCUGUUGUAGUCAGCAGCGGCGAGGAAAGGGGGUGCGUGCAUAUUGCAUCAGGUGAUGAGGGCCAUUCUAGAGAUGGAAAAGCCCCGGUUUCCCGGUUACGAAAGUUCAUUCAAUCAAACCACCUGGGUCUCCUCAAGAACCUGAGUUUCUUCACCGUUGUCAGCGUACUGUGCUGCGAAAGGUUGGUGUUUUCAGGGUGGGUGAUAUAUCUCGUCCCCCACGCCAUUCAGGCCGGGUUGUCCCCUUACCAGGCGGUCUCAUUACCCUCUGGUACUGGCGUGGCAAACUUGCUGGGCAAAGCGGUGCAAGGGGUCUUAAUGGAUUGUAAACUUGUUACCAGUACCACUCUGCUCUUCGCCACUGUUGUCACAGCAGGCUUGAGUCUGAUGCUAGACCCACUCAGUGAUAGCUUCGCGGCCAUGUUUGUAUUGGGGGUCACUUACGGUCUAGCAGUCGGCACGUUGUACCCGUUGGGAAUGACGGUUCUCAGGGACCUGGUGGGAGACGAGAGGUUCAUGAUAGCGCUAGGAUGGUGUGCUGUUUUUCUUGGAGUGUUUCGAUUGCCCAUGGGAUUCUUUCCAGGUUGGCUUUAUGACGUCAGCGGCAGCUACAAUACGUCAUUCGUCGUGCUUGGUGCUAUAGAAUUACUUCCAGUCCCUUUGCUGACGAUUGACUUGCUUCGGAGGAGCAGGUGGUGGAGAUGCCACACCAACGACCGGAGGGACGAUUACGAAAGACUCAAUGGGAUUUCAAACGGUUCUUUAGAGAAAAGCGACGAAUGACAGUGACUCCCAUUGCAAUGGCAAUUGCAAUAGUUGUGAUAAGGGUAAUACAUCAACGGAAAACGUGGCAAUGUUUUGGAAGUGCAUUGUGACGAUUUUAACAAACAAUGUGAGUGGAAAGAAGUGGAAAGCAGCCCCGACCCCCUUCGUGCUUAUCGCACCGCUCUUAAGUUAAU